AUGGAUACAACGAACAAUAAUUAUAGCAUAUUGACCAAGUUUUCAAAGUUACGUAAGAAACCACAACAGCCCCUGACUGAUUUGACAGAGCUAUACAGUCGAGUGGCUAAUGAAUCAAUAUUUUAUAAGAAAUUACAGGAUCAAGGAAAUUUUGUUCGUGCUUUACAAGGCUGGAAGGCAUUAACCACUGAUGCAUUAUUCCGUUUGACUCUGAUAGAGCAUUCUUAUCCUAAUGUUGCUACAUAUACUAAAGAUGAAUUAAGUCUACAAAGUGGUGUUCGUGAACUUUAUACAAAAGCGGUUCAUAAUUUAGACACCGUCCAGCAGGCAUUAAAAUCACAUAUAAAAAAACCUACUCCACCUCCCGUACCGGAAAGGAGAAAUCAUGUUAACGACAACUCAUAUACUCCUACAACUUCAUUUGUUAGAAAACCGCAUCAUAUACAGCAUGGGUUUUCCAAAACGUCAUUGAGAAAUAAAAAUUCACAAAGUUCAUAUUCUUAUAGAAGUCCUCACACCGUCACUAAUAAUCACAAUGAUAGUAACAAGCAUAACAUAACAAGUAACAAAAAAGGUAAUAAUGUUGAUAAUAUUGACCGUAAAGGCGGUAAUCACACAAAAAUCAAUUUUACGACCUCAAAACCAUUAAGAAAAAAAUCUUUAGAUAGUUCAAUCAAAGCAGAACGUAGCAUAGAAGAUCAUAAUAGUGAACCUUUAUUAAUGGAUACACGAAAUAAUUCAGAAAACGAUAAUGAGUUCGCAAAAUUCAAUGAAGAAUACAUCAAUGAGGAUGAAUGUAGUUUAGUAGAUGAGGACGAAAAUCCUUUUGAUUUUGACGUCUCAGGGUAUUAUUUUGAUGGUGAUGAAAACAGUGACAGUUAUGAAGAAAAGACAUCGAGUGAUGCAGAUACCAAAUUAGAGGAUAUGUUGAUCGAUAAUGUCGCUAGCUUUUCCUUGAGCAGUUAUGAGAAAAAUCCAUUUUCUAUCGAAGAAGAGCCACCACAAGCACCUCCACCUCCUGUUCCCUCUCAUGAUGUGAUAAAAAAAGAAUCUACUAAAGCUUUAACUAGCAAUAAUUACAAAAAAAAUAACUCUAUCAAUUCUCUUAUAUCAAAACCAGUGGUAAAAGAGGAUACAUGCAAGUUGAAACAGACAAAAUCAACACCUUCAUUGUUAACAGCUACGGAAAAGAGGAAGCCAAAGGCAUCUAAUUCCACAUCCUCAAUACCAACAAUAAACAAGGCUUCGGUGCGAACUAAUAAUGUUAAAGCUGCAAAUAAUAGUAAGCCUAAGAUAACAGCGAAGCAGGCUGCUAGAUUAGUGUACUCGAAUUUAAAUCAAAAAUCCGAUUCUCCAAGAUCCAUGAAACCGCCACAUAGUGAUAAGCCCAGGUCAAAUUCAUACCCUGAAGUUGUCAUUAAAUCAAGAGCAACAAAGGUAUCUUCCACCAACAAAACUGCGACCAGGCCACAGGCGAAAAGGGAAAUAAGUUCCACGAAGAAAGUUGCAUCUUCUCCCAACGCCAAAAAUGGCAAGUUUACAAAACAAUGUCCAGAAAAUGGUCAUGUAACAGUCACCUCUGUAAAUUCUAGUUCAGAAAAGAUUUCAAAAACUUCGAAGUCUGAAGAGAACUUGGAUACAAACAAAGAUGUGUUAGUUCCAGAAAAGGACGAAAAAUCAAGAAAAGAUGAACUUGAGAAUAAAAUCAUUGGUUCGAUUCCUGGAAUUGACAAGAUGGCAGCAAAACAAAUUUUUCAGGAGAUUGUAGUACGAGGAGAUGACGUACAUUGGGACGAUAUUGCAGGAUUAAAUACCGCUAAGAAUUCCUUAAAGGAAGCCGUUGUCUACCCAUUUUUGAGACCCGAUUUAUUCAAAGGUUUAAGAGAGCCUGUGACGGGUAUGCUUUUGUUUGGUCCACCUGGUACAGGUAAAACAAUGCUUGCGCGGGCUGUUGCAUACGAAUCGAAAUCUACAUUCUUUUCAAUUAGCGCAUCUAGUUUAACCUCAAAAUAUUUGGGUGAAAGCGAAAAAUUAGUAAGGGCAUUAUUUGGCGUUGCAAGAAAGCUUUCGCCUUCAAUUAUUUUUGUUGAUGAGAUUGAUUCUAUUUUAGGUAAUAGAAACAGUGAUAGUGAGAAUGAAAGUAGCAGAAGAAUCAAGAAUGAGUUUCUUGUUCAAUGGUCAGCAUUAUCUAAUGCAGCAGCAGGAAAAGAGCAACAUGACAGCGACGCCGACAACAGAGUGUUAGUUCUGGCUGCUACUAACUUGCCAUGGUCGAUUGAUGAAGCUGCUAGAAGAAGAUUUGUUAGAAGACAAUACAUUCCUUUACCAGAAGCCGAAACUAGAUUAGCACAAUUUAGAAAACUACUAUCGAGACAAAAGCACACGUUAAGUGACCAAGAUUUUGAAGAAUUGCUGGUGUUGACCGACGGUUAUUCAGGUAGUGAUAUAACUUCAUUAGCCAAGGAUGCUGCAAUGGGGCCAUUGAGAGAGCUUGGAGAUCAAUUGUUACUCACGGAAAGAGACAAUAUUCGUCCCAUUGGUUUAUAUGAUUUCAAGAAUAGUUUGGAAUACAUUAGACCAUCUGUCUCUAAGGAAGGGCUUGAAGAAUAUGAGGAAUGGGCAUCUAAAUUUGGUUCAUCGGGCAAUUGA